CCAAUCAGCUCGACCCACAAUACACAGAAACCGCCGCACCUAUAUCCGAACUUCUUUUAUAACCCUUUGACACGUUUUCUCUUCCUUUACCUUUGAUCGACUCGUCCAUCCACUAUGCUUCGUGCUAUUGUCAUUGCCGCCCUCGUAGCUGUAUGUUCCUCUCAGCUGGGGGACUUCCUUGGCAGCUUCGCCUGUCGUCGCUACCAGUACAGGAACUGUGACCAUGAGCGUGAACACCAAGAAUGUGGUACUGAUGGCGUUACUUACAGGAACCUGUGUGCUUUCACUAAAGUCCGAUGCGGUGGGAAAAAAAUUGACAUCGCUUUUCGUGGUUCCUGCGACAAACGCCCAACAACGGGUGGAGCAGGUUUAAGUGGAGAGGAGGCAGUCCUCGACUACUUCUGCAUCGAGUUGUCUCACGAGAAGUGCCCCAACGAGACCGAGACUCUGUGUGCAACUGACGGCAAGACCUACGCCAAUUUGUGCGAAUACGAGAAGACAAAGUGUACCCACCGUGAUCUCCACGUAGCUGAUUUUGGUGCAUGUUCGAGCUAGAUGACUGUCUUUGUCGUCUUAUGCUGCACCUGGAAACGCAAAACGAUUCACAAGAACUACCAGCCUUGAAUAAAAUCAUGAAAAGGGAA